AUGUGGCAGGUGGCCGUCUUGACACAAUUUGAGACGCUGCGAGCGUUCUUGUCGAGCAACGAGUGCGAGAACGUCAAGUCGGCGCUAUUUGAACAGUGCGGAGCUACUCGAGUCAAUGCUAAAACCAGUCAGGAAGCGACUGCAGCCACGUUCCACGAGACAGAUGCACUUAUUACUGCGGGUAGCAGUGACUCAGCACAUCUCGAGCGGUGGAAGAAGUGGAAGCUCGAAGGUGCAAAGAUUGACAAACUCAUGUCGACGACCGCCAGUGAAGCGAACACUGCGCUGAAGAUUCUAGCGACAAAGGUAACAAACCUGCGCUUCUUCGCUCGUGGCAAACGUGGCGUUUUGUAUGCUGGUGAAUUGCGCUUGAACGAUAAGCCGGUGGUGGCUAAACUGGCGGCAGAUACGACUUUCGCUGAAUCGGUGACGCUGGAGGCGCGUUGGCUCCAAGUGGUGAACCGCAUGGGAAUUGGCGCGAAGCUGAUCGACUCUGGCAGUGGCUGGUUCCUUUGCGAGCGACUCGAAGGCAAGAACGUGGUGGAGUUUUUAGGCCAAGACCACAAGGUCACUACUCCAGCCAACGCUCGGUGGGUCAUCCGUGAAAUGCUAUGCCAGUGCUUUUCCAUGGACCUCAUGGGGGUGAACAAGGAAGAGAUGACGCACCCACACCGCCAUAUCAUCGUGCACCGCUCUAUGCAGCUGCCGGGAAACUGGCGAUGCACGUUCAUCGACUUUGAAAAGUGCUCUUCUUCCAGAAAACCUAAAAAUGUGACACAACUCUGCCAGUUUCUAAGUUCUCCACGAAUGAUUGCGCUGCUGGCAAGUAAACACGUUAAGUUUGACAUUCUGAAGCUCCGACAGAGUACAAAGCGUUACAAGCAGAAGCUUUCUACCCAUACAUUCAGCGGCAUUAUGCACGUCUUUGGGCUCUAG